AUCCCUUAAAAGUCCAACCCUCCUAAAUUAUUCAUCAUGGGACUUUUCGGCUCUUCUCAAGCUUCUCUACCUCCUCCAAAGAUAUCUGCAGAUGGUGCGCCCAUAGCACCAGAUCGGAGCCAAAGGUCAAAAUGCUGGGAAGCAAGAGAUGCAUACUUCAAGUGUUUGGACAAAAAUGAAAUUAUUGACAGCAUCACGGAGAAGAAGAAAGCAGAGAAAUCUUGCGGUACAGAGGCAAGAGGGUUUGAAAAGAAUUGUGCAACUAGUUGGGUAGGUUGCAUCCACAGUCGAAGAUCUUUCAAGUGUUAUUUUUACGAAUCGGUGCCGAAUGAAUUAGUUUUGAUGACUGACGUGCCACCGCAUCAGGUUGAGUACUUUAAGAAACGAAGAGUUAUGGAAUACCAGCGCGAUCAAACAUUGCGAAAACUCAAGGCUGAAGGAGCACAAGAGAUGCCGGGCGUUGUAGGAGCUGGAGUACCUGGACAGAGGCCAUAAUGAUGUUUGGCAGAAUGAAAUGUACAACAGCAUCUGGGAAUAAACCAUCCUAUGGUCUACGGCGUUUUUCUGAAGUUAUCACAGAGUUUCUUACGACCAAACCCCACUACAGCCAUGAAUUGAAGAAUCUCCUUUGAGCUCAGGAUACAAAACAUUAUUUCUGGUUACAAAAUCUGCUCACACUCAAGUACGGAGUCUUUGCUAAAUUG